AUGGCAGAUCUGGUACGCCGCGAGAAGGCUACCAUUAGCGCCAAUGCUACAACCUACAACAUCUAUGCUAGCUCUGCUAGAAAAGAACCCGGCGAGAAUAUCCAAGUUCUAUCAGCAGACAGUCCAGCGGACAAGUUUGUCGAGAGUUUGAACCCAGACAAGGUCAUAAUCUUGUCAACAGCUCCAAGCCCAGAAGCCAGCUUCGACGAUUCAGACCAGACCUUACAAUGGUUCAAGAAUAUCGACGCUGGUGUCAGCGCCUCUCUGACCGUUGAUGAGUCGGCAGCCAAAGAUAUUGAAAGCUUCGUGUUUGAGCUAUCUCAGCCUUGGCCACUGGUCUUUAGCUCAGCUAGUGAUGUCCUGCUCUUCACCUUUGGGUCCACCGCUCUUAUGAGUGGAGAUGCUACAGGCUCUCGUAUCGAACCUCCUGGCAUUAAUGGGACAGCGUUGAUAUGUGGUCUUGACUUUACAAAGACGGAAGAUAUCACCGAAGUCUUUGUCAGAGAUAUUUUCAAGGCCGCGAAUCAAGAUGAUGUGGCUCAAUAUGUGGCACCCCUUGUCAUCAUCCUCCAGGCGACGCUCGAAACACCAGGAGAAGGAGCACCUCCUAGGAGGAACGCUUUAUGGUUUACCCCAUCUGACUCAAAACGUAUUGAAACUCGUCUUCAAUUCCAGAUUCCACAUUACAAGGCACUUGAAGAAUUAUUCUCAGCUUCUCUUAGAGGUCUUGUUAUUGACAGUGCCGACGUCAUCUACAAGAACAACAUGGUGCUGAAAGACGAGAAGCCUCUUAUUAGCGGCGAAGUUGCAUUUAGUAUUGAAUGCACUUUCGGUAGUGGUAAUGACGCUGUUUCCAUGCUUGCUGGUAUCGAUUUCAACUCAUCUACCAUUGACUUCAUCUUCACUUUCGUCUCGCCUGAUCCUCUUUCGGGGACACUCAAGUGGUUAUCUGACCUUGCGGGCGAUAACUCUGUUGAGUCGGGCGUAGAUGAGCUUCUGAACAAGGAAGAGGGUGGUACCAAACUCUUUCCGAAUGCAACUUUGCGAAGGCUUCGCAUGACUCUCGACACGACCCAAAACAAAGAAGAUCCCAAGCUUGACUCGUUUUCUUUCGAUAUCGAGGUCACUGCCAACUUUGGCAAAGGAAAAGAUACGGAACCGCCCAUCUUCUUGAUUACAUACGAGUGGAAGCGAUCCACUGGCACUAAUGGUACUCUAGCCGGAGAUCUAUGGAACAGCUUUGUGGAUCUCCAGGACUGGGACUUGACACCAACCGGAGAGCACUGGACCGUUCUCACACCAGUGACUCCCUCACCUGCUACAUCCAUCGACAUUGCCACUCUUAUUCCAGGCCAGACACUGCACAACAUUCCAGAUACUCUCCCUUCCAAUGUAUCCGUUGCAUUCAUUGAAUUAUCCCAAGAAUCCUUUGCCCUGCAAUGUGUCGCUGCAGCCAAUCCACCUUCUCCCACUUCUGCGCCUCAACCUUAUCUCGGUGAACUAGGUAUUGCAACCUCUUUCACAUGGGGACGCAGUUCCGCCUUCACAUUCGGCGCUGCAAUCUCCAUCCUGAUCGAUCCUUACAAAGACUCACCCGUGGACCUUUCCGCAACCUUUAUCGGGUCUCUUAGCUAUUCUUCUAUUGAUCAGUCCUGGAUUCUCAAGGCUGAGAUUGAAAGUCUAUACGCAGCUGUACUCGCCGAGUUCUUUGAUGAGGAUUCAAAGGACCAUAUUGGACCACUUGUCAGCUCUAUCGCUAUCGACACCUUGAGUGUUGAGUACGCGUACGAGAAGCCAAGUAGUACAGCUUCUACUACUGUUGGAAGUAGCUUUGCUAUGUCAGGUGAUUUUGUCAUUGCCGAGCUAAGAUUGAACCUCGACUUUACCUACGAUUCUAGUGGGUUCAAGUUCAAAGCUGCCCUCAACCCGGAGAGUAAGAAGGUCAAGAUUGGAGAUAUCUUGGCGGAUAUUCUUGGUUCCGAGUUUGAUAUACCGGAUUUCGUUAACAACACUUUGCUUGUUUCCGAGAAUAAGGAUGCAUUCAGUAUCGAUGUACUGAAGAAGACAACAAGCUAUGACAAUGUUGACAUCGAAUCAUUCCAGUUUUUGGCUCAACUCAACGUUGGUGAUCUUCAGAUACUCUUCUCGCAGAUCCACAGCACCAAAUGGGGACCGGCGGAUCCUUCCAAGCGUCUCUUCAAAGCAGCUAUACGCGGGUUUGGAGAGAUGGUCCUUGUGAUUCCCCUUGUUGGCUAUUUGACGCAGCCACUGGACGAGCUUUACUUCCUUUUUGUCCAAGACCCGAAGCCACCUAGAGCACCUGGACAAAUCACCGGACUUACCCGGGAAGACGUCGCUCUGUUCAAUACCGGGCUGGAAGGCGAUGAGUUACUUGUGGCUGAUAAGGUCAAACCUAGUGAGAGUAAACCAACUGACAUGCUGGUCCCUUCAGGCUGCCACUUUGCCGUCAUUAUUCGCGACGGCAAGGGUGGACGUUUCUGUCUUCUCAGCUAUGCCUUUAUGCAACCCCAACUUUCUCUAUCUCGAGACCUAGAUGGUCCUGAGAGGAAAGGCAGGAGACGUACUGAAGAUCAGAUGCAAGACGGAGGUCCAAGUGCACAAGCCCCAUACAAGAAGACAGCUGGUCCAGUAGCGAUCAGUAACGUUGGACUCAAGUACAAAGAAAAGACCAUGUCAAUUGUAUUUGACGCAACGUUCCAACUUGGUCCAAUAGGAUUCUCUCUUCUUGACUUUACUCUGAACUGUCGUUUCGAAUCCUUGGACAAACUUCCUUCUAUCAGCGUUGACAUCAGCGGUUUGGCUGCUUCUUUCGACAGAUCGCCAUUGACAAUCGGUGGUAUCAUCGUCCACGGCAAUGAUGGGAAAAUGGAUUAUUACGCCGGUGGUUUAAUCGUUGGAUUCCGCCCGUGGCAAUUCCAGGCAGCUGGUUUCUACGGUGUCAUCAUUCUCAAAGACAAUACAGGCCAAUUCCAAAGCGUCUUCGUUUUUGCGAAACUCAACGGCCCUCUGAUGACUCUCGCCUUUGCAGAAAUUAGCGGGGUUUGUGGUGGCUUUGGAUAUAACAGCUCUGUUCGUUUACCCACAAUCGACCAAGUUUCUGAAUUCCCCUUUAUCAACAGUGGUUCACUCAGCGGCAAUGGGAAUGCGCAGGAUGUACUGGUUGGUCUCACUGAUCCAUCAGCAGGUGGAUGGUUUCAGCCAUUUGAUAGCACGUACUGGGGCGCAUUCGGCAUCAAGCUCUCUGCAUUCCGUAUGUUGAGUAUUGACGCCGUGGUAUCGGUCCAGUUCGGCAACUCUGUCAAACUGGGCAUUUUCGCUGCUGCGACAUGUGACAUACCUUCUGCAAAUUCACGCCUCAAACUUGCCCACGCUGAACUUGGUAUCGCAUCUGUGCUCGAUUUCGACUAUGGUUUCUUCAAGAUCGAGGCUCAAUUAUCGCCUAGAUCUUACAUCCUUAGUCCUAACUGUCAUUUAACUGGCGGUUUCGCUCUAUGCUAUUGGUUUGACGCACCUCUUGCUGAUAAGAAGCGUAUUGGGGACUUUGUAUUCACGUUGGGCGGGUACCAUCAGGCUUUCCGUAUCCCUAUCGGAUACCCCAAUCCUCCUCGUCUAGGUAUCAGUUGGAAUCUUGGCGGCGGCUUGACUGUCUCUGGAGAAGCAUACUUCGCAAUCACGACCAAAGCUUGCAUGGCAGGCGGUCGUCUCCAUGCUGCAUUCAAAGCAGGGCCUCUUUCCGCUUGGUUUGACGCUUUUGCCAAUUUCUUGAUCAACUAUAGACCCUUCCACUUUGACAUGUCAGCUGGAGUCUCCGUUGGUGUAGGGUUCAGUAUUGACUUUUGGUUCAUCCACAUCCGAAUCUCUGUCCAGAUCGGUGCUGAGUUGUACCUCUGGGGUCCACCGGUUGCUGGCCGUGUUCACGUGGAUUUCUGGAUCGUCGCGUUUGAUAUCAACUUUGGAGACCAUAUUACCAAGGAAGAAAAAAUUGGUCUGUUAGACUUUUACGAUCUUGUUCUUCAAGAAACGCCUUCGUCUUCUUUUGUUUCUGCGCAAUCUCUGAUCACUGGUCAGAGCAUGAAGCCGCUGACCGAGCCCACCCGAGCGUUUACCAUGAAGAGACCCAGGAAUGAAGCACAUAACUUCUUGGCUGAGUCUGGCCUUUUGAACCCAGAUGACAAGCCGGAACGGGGAAAGGAUGAUCCUUGGACUGUACGAGCUGGAUCAUUUGUCUUUGUUGCUGAAUGCAAAAUGGCAAUAACCGCUGUUCGAACGUCUAUUUCAGGCACUUCUAUCUUCCGGCAGGAUGACGUUUUCAUAAUGCAUGAAGAUGGAGGUAAUGGUGGGGAGGAUUGGCAAUUUGAACGAUACACGCAAAAGCUCCCGAGUGCUCUAUGGGCAAGAUAUGAUCGACGAACUGACCCCCGCAGAAGUGGCAACAACGUCGGCGAUCUUCUCAACACAAACGACAACAGCGCUCCUCUCAUGACAGGUGUCCGAGUCAUAGCCCCCAAGCCGACAAUGUCUCCCGAUCCGUUCCCAGCGUAUGAGGUCGCGAGCGCGGAUCUAGUUGAAAUCACUGCAGAUAGGCGUCUACCAAACAUUAUCACCGCAGAUGAAGCUUGGGCACCGGUCAAGCCGAUCGAUAAUGUCGAAGAUAGGUACAAGGGAGUUCAUCAAGCUUGGAUGAGUCCUGUUCUUGGGGAGAGUGGUCAGAAGGGCUUCAUUGAGGGUUUGGCUCAGAGUUUUGGAUGGGGUGACAAGGGGUUGCAAGGCAUUGCCAGGAUGCCGGACAGAUUGAAGGAGGGAUUUAUGAAUAUGUAUGUAGCUUCGCCGUUGUUGACAGCAUAA